AUGGCAUACCUCGAUGGAGCGGAGGUUGCAAAGCAUGCUGAUAAAAAUAGCUGCUGGAUCGUAGUAGAGACCAAGGCGUAUGACGUCACCAGUUUCUUGUCAAAGCAUCCUGGUGGUGCGGCGAUCAUACUACGCAACGCCGGCACGGAUGCAACGACAGAGUACAAGAAAUACCACUCUCUUGAUUACCUCAAGGAUCACCUACCACCCGAUGCAGACCUUGGACCAAUAGAUCCAAACACUUUUGGUAACCUGCGACAGCCAAAGCCGGAAACGACAACAGGCCCUUCUGACGCUGAGCCGUCCAAUGAGGUCCCACAUGUCAGUCUCUGUGUCUCGACGACAGACUUUGAAAAAGCAGCAAAAGUAGCGUUGCCGCACAAGUCAUAUAUCUAUGCCUCAGGAUCAGCCAAUACAGGCGCAUCAUUGAGAGGCAACCUCGACGACUGGGAGCGCAUCACCUUUCGUCCCCGGGUCAUGCGCAAUGUAGGCGAUGUAGACACACGACGAAAGAUCUUUGGCUACAGCUCACCGCAUCCCUUCUACAUUUCGCCAAUGGGCACUCUCGGCGCGAUACAUCCUGGUGCAGAGCCUGAACUCAUCGUAGGUGCUGUUCGUAAAGGUGCUCACGUCGUUGUUAGUACAGCGAGUACAAAGAGUAGCAAGCAAAUCAUGCAAAGCUACGUCGACGAACAGGCGAGACUCAAGAAUGGAAGUCCUACUAAACUCUUCUUCCAGUUCUACAUGCCUGUAGACCGGAAGAAGGCCAUUGAGCUCAUGAACAUUGCAAAGCGCGCCGGUUACAAGGGUCUUUGGAUCACAGUCGAUACACCCGUGCUUGGGAAGCGCACUGCAGAUCGAUCUCUACAAGCGGAAGAAGCUCUAGCGGUUGGCAUCGAAGAGCAGAGCACAGCAGGCUUCGAGGCCGGUGGUGACAACGACUUUGCACCAGCGAUGGGCGGCCGACCAGUGCAAGGUCAAUUGAGUCCGUAUACCACGUGGGAAGAUCUCGAAUGGGUUCGUAAAGAGUGGACAGGUCCCAUCGUACUGAAGGGUAUCCAAUGUGCAGAGGAUGCCAAACUAGCGAUGCAGUAUGGGUGUGAUGGUAUACUGCUCAGCAAUCACGGUGGACGCCAGUUACACACUGCACCUAGUGCGCUCAUGACCCUAUUGGAAAUUCGAACGUAUUCCCCAGAAGUACUUGGGAAGCUCGAGAUUUUCGUCGACGGUGGGCUGAGGGAUGGAAACGAUGUAUUGAAAGCUCUUUGUCUAGGAGCGACCGCGGUGGGUGUCGGAAGGCCAUUCCUGUAUGCACUUGGCGCGUACGGGGCGAAGGGAGUGGAACGAUGCGUUGACAUACUUGCAGAGGAGCUUCAGACGGGUAUGCGAUUGCUGGGAAUCACGUCGCUUGAUCAAUGUCGGCCGGAGAUGGUUAAUGCCAGUCGACUGCUCAAUGAAAUGUGGAGGCCAGAGCCAUUGGCCAUCAGGAGUAAAUUAUGA